AUGCGUGUAAGAAAGGAGAGGCGAGGAGAAAAGAGCAGAGGAGAGGAGAGAAAGGAAGGGAAGGGAGAGACGGAGGAGCGAGAAAAAGGAGAGAGAGAAGAGAGAGAAGAGGAAAGGAGAAGGGAGAGACAGAGAGAAAAGAGCAGAGGAGAGGGAGGAAAAGAGGAGAGGAGAGAAGAGCGAGAAAAAGGAGAGAAGAGGAGAGAAGAGGAAAGGAGAAGGGAGAGACAGAAGAAAGAAGAGGAGAGGAGAAGGGAGAGAGAGAGGUGA